UCCCAACCGACUGAAGAAGGGAAUGUCCCCGAGACAACAUCCGCUGAUCAACAGAUGGAGUGGGGAUGUUUCACUUUGGGAGACUGCACUAUCGAAGACGCCCUGGGGUAUACAGAAUCAUAUAAAGACAUGCUCUCUUUUCCCACUGCCAGACAAGACAAACCACUCAACUUUAUAGUUCAAAGUUACAAGUCAACCAACUACAAACUCCCCCCACCAUCACAGCAAUGAAGCUCCUUGCCCUCCUCUCCGCCGCCGCCGCUGCCACCGGGGUCUCCGCCCUCCCCCAGGCCCAGCCCCAGCAGCAGACCAAAUACAACUCCUUCACCGUGAUGUCCGCCCGCUCCGCCUCGCCCAUCCACCUACUCCCCUUGAACGCCGCCUCCGGUGGCUUCUACCUCGGCCUCCACAACGCCUCCAGCUACUGCCCCGAGCAAGUCUCCAAGCUGGGCGCCUGUCCCCCUGGCACCGAAACGGUGAUCAACGCCGGUGCCAACUCUCUGGACGUCUCCGUCCCCGGCGGUCAACAAAUCUACAUCGCCCCCUCCGGCGCCCUGGCCUUCACCCAGCCCCACUCCGCCUACGUGCCCGCCGGCUCAGUCGUCGGCGCCUUCGAGUACUCGCAGCCGGCUGGCGCCUCGUUCGGCUACUGGACCCUGCCCGGUAGUGGGUUGAUCGCUUGUCCCGUUCCUGAGGCCGCGACGUGGCAGGUGUUUGCCGCGUGGAACAAUGCUACCGUUCCCUCGGGUAGUGUCGGCGAUUGUUUGGGUUUUGAUGCGUUGGCUGUCGGGCGGAAUGGGAGUGCGGGCGCUUGGGAGUAUCUUUAAGUUGUCACGAUGAUUCCAGGGUGAUUUGGGGGGG